GGAGGACCUUCCGCAGACAGAUAUAUAGAACAUCUCGUGCCUCUCUAUGAUAAUCUAUGCUAAAAACAAUUCCUUCCUUCUUUAACUCUCUUCCUUUUCAUUGAAGAAACCAGCCCGGUUUCACCAACGCAAAGCUCCAGUCUAUGAUGGCCGGAUAUCAAAUGUCAACGCCAAUAGAUUGCGAGAAAGCACUCGACACAUCAAAUCUGAAAGGGAAAACUGCAAUUGUCACCGGAGGCGCAAAUGGAAUAGGUGAGGCGUAUGUGAAGGCACUUUCUGCUGCGGGUGUCAAUGUAUGCAUUGGGGACAUGGACUCCGACAGAGGUACCAAAUUGGCAUUAAGUCUAGGAAGUGCAAAAUUCGUGAAAUGUGAUGUAUCGAAAUGGGACGACCAGGUUCGACUAUUCACUGAAGCUGCAUCUUUCACUGGAAGGGUAGAUUAUGUUGUUGCGAAUGCAGGCAUAUGUCCCGAAGAUCAAGUCUUCUCUUUCGCAGGGGAAGACAAAGAACCCACAGAACCAAAUCUGAAAGCAAUUGACGUGAAUUUGAAGGGUACAUUAUACACGACCAAGCUCGCGAUGCAUUAUUUCAUCAAACAGAACGGAGAAAAGCUAUCGCCACAGCAAGAAGAUACUUGCUUGGUACUGAUCGGAUCCGGAGCUGCCUUCCUUGAUUGCCCGCGAGGUCCAGUGUAUCCAAGCACAAAGUGGGGAGUGCGAGGUAUCAUGCACACGUUGAGAAGGACUGCAUUUUACCAUGGCACUCGUGUCAAUCUCAUUUCGCCCUGGUACGUCAAGACUUCGAUUCUGUCAACCGAGGAGUUCGCCCACGUGGAAUCUCGCGGAGUGCAAUUUGCCGAAGCUGAAGAUGCUGGGAGUGCGCUACUAAGGCUCCUGUCCGACACGACCAUAAAUGGGAGAUCAUUGUUCGUCUCGGCGAGGAAAUGGGCUCCUGCGGGAUACUUGGACUUGGAUGUUGAUGAUUAUCCUGGAAAUGAGCUGAUACAAGAGAUCCAAGUGGCUCAGAUGGCGGCAGCUCCGGUUGAAGAGGGCUUGUUUGUGAGAUAGUCUAUGUUCAAAAUAUUGUUAACACAAAAUCAGAGGAACUUUAAUCGGUUUUGACCUGAUAUUGUUGACCAUAUCCUAGAAGAUUAAAGUACAGCUCUAAAAGUAUCUUCAUGCACCAUGAUAAAGCC